GGGUUGUUCAGUCCGUCCCAGCCUGUGACUACCCCCUUUUCCUCGUCCCCAGCGUCAUGGGGGAGUGGGCGUUCCUAGGCUCCCUGCUGGACGCUGUGCAGCUGCAGUCGCCGCUCGUGGGUCGUCUCUGGCUGGUGAUCAUGCUGAUCUUCCGCAUCCUGGUGCUGGCCACGGUGGGAGGUGCCGUGUUCGAGGACGAGCAGGAGGAGUUCGUGUGCAAUACGCUGCAGCCCGGCUGUCGCCAGACCUGCUACGAUCGCGCCUUCCCGGUGUCCCACUACCGCUUCUGGCUCUUCCACAUCCUGCUGCUGUCGGCGCCGCCGGUGCUGUUCGUCAUCUACUCCAUGCACCAGGCCAGCAAGGAGGCGGGGGGCGCGCAGCCGGCACCGCCGUGCGCGCGCGGGCGUGCCGAGGCGCCGUGCUCCCCGUGCGCCCAGCGCGCUCGCCGCGCGCGCCGCUGCUACCUGCUGAGCGUGGCUCUGCGCCUGCUCGCCGAGCUGGCCUUCCUGGGCGGCCAGGCGCUGCUCUACGGCUUCCGCGUGGCCCCGCACUACGCGUGCACCGGGCCACCUUGCCCGCACACGGUCGACUGUUUCGUGAGCCGGCCGACCGAGAAGACCGUCUUCGUGGUCUUCUACUUCGCCGUCGGGCUGCUGUCGGCGCUGCUCAGCGUGGCGGAGCUGGGUCACCUGCUCUGGAAGGGUCGCCAGCGCGCCAAGCUGUUCCCGCCGCCGCCGCCGUCGCCCUCUCUGCCUUCGCAACGCGGGGACCCCGACCCCGACCCCUUCGGCCCGCCAGCCUACGCGCACCGUGCACCGGCCGGCGACAGCGAGGGCGGCAGCGGCCACAGCAAAGCGUCAUUGGCCACCCUGCGCCAGGACCUGGCCAUCUAGCGGCGAGAUCGGAGGCUGGAUGUCAGCACCCGGGUCCUUGGAGGAAGAAGACUUGGCUUCUGAAAGACUGCAUAGGACCCUGCCUGAGCGGAAGAUGAGCAGAGGGGACCCCCACCCCCACCCCGUGCAGAAAAUACGUAGAAGGGACCCCCGGGGUUUGGGUGGGGUGGGGGUGUCGCACUUCCUAGUGCUAGUUACAGCAGCCGUGUUGAAUCAGGGAGGCUCCUCCAUGCCGUGAACCCAGCAGAGAGGAAGGAUGCCAAGCCCCCCUCCCCACCAGAGUAGGCAAACAGGCAGUGGGUGACCUGACUGUUACACCGGGGACAAAAUCAACAGUGAUGGCAACAUUCCCAGGUCCCCUGCUAAUUCAGAGCAGAGUGGUUCUCUGUGGGCUCUCCGUGCACAUAAGCACACUGGAUACACUCGCAUGGGUUGGUUCCUCAAGCACAGUAAA